GAGGCAUCGCCACUCCAGUACCUGAGAUUCCUCGUGUGAGUGUACGAGUUUAGUUUUCGCGAAUGCAAACUUAAAAUAGAAAUUCAAACAUAGUAUUUACUUAAUAACGAAAAUCACGUUUACAUAAUUCCGAAAAUUAUGACCCAAUAACUGCCGCUUAAUUAACAAUAUACUUUAGAAUUCAUAUUAAUUAAUAAGUACGUACGUUAGUGAAUUGAGAAAUGAGUUUCGAAAAGGCCAUCUUAUAAAUUUAUUGCAUUUGUAUGUAAAUUCGAUUCUUGAGAACUCUUUUAGCUAUGGUUAAAUGAAUCCUUGCAGCCUCUGAAGCGCGCGUUUUUCGAAUCAGGUGCUUGUGAAUUAGCAUUUUUAGUUCAUAGAAAAUAAAAGUGGUUAAGGAACGAUUGUUUUCUUAAGUGGUAAGCUGCAAACGUACUGCGUCUUCGGAAACUUCGAGAUCAGAUUAAAAGGGACAAUUAUGGAAGUGUGUGUGAAGAUAUCUGUGAUACUACUGUUAGUGCUCUUCGAAUCGUAUCAUUGUUUUAACAAUAGAAUAAUCAUUAUCGAAGAUGCCAAAGCAUGUUUCAGGAGAGCUUUGGCAGGCCAAAGAGCGAUCCGCAGUCUGGUAAGACGUUCGGUUCGUUGCGAGAGAUUGCAGGAAUGCCAGCAGCAAUGCGCAAACGAGAAGAGGUUCUUCUGCGAGGCUUUCAAUUUCAGGCUUGGACCAGUGAUUGGAGCAAACGGCGACUGCGAUUUACUGGAUAUACCUGUAUUGGGUUUGGAUCGUUGGAGGGAAAUUGUCUCAGAUCCUGAUUUCGAUGUGUACGAAAGAGAUCGCAAUUCAGGUCCAAAUUGCAAUGCUUUAUCCAUAGUAAAAUCACAUAAACCGCCACCACCACCACCAUCGAUCAGCGACAGAUUCGACAGAAGACCUUCGUAUCCCGAAGACGUAAGACGUUACGACCGAAGGCCUUACUACGACGACAGAAGGACGUAUGAUAAGUACGGAGAUGGAUAUUAUAAAGACGAGUACCAUCACAGAUCUCAGUACUACGGCAGCGUCAAGUACCUGCCUAUACCGAUGCCCCAAAUUGAUUACAAAGACAAGUACUAUUACGAUCGUGAGAAAGACAGGAAUUUCUGGGGUUUCGAGAAAUGGGGUUCGUACGGCGGGGUUUACGGAAACUUUGGUAAACCUGCUUCGCAUUACGGAAAGUUUGACGGGAAUCGCAGGAACGAUUAUCUUCCUGCAAAAGCGCCCUCAUGGCAGGAUACGUAUCAUACCGGAAGUUACGAGACGCGAUUUCCGUCCACGACGAGCGUCAACUUUGGAAAACCGCAUCAGGGUUUCAGGCCGAUCACCACAGAACGUCCAUGGACCGACUAUUACAACUACGGAAGUUACUACAAUGGAGGUCACGAGAUUCAACAUCCACCAUCACCGAACGGAGGUUACCAUUACGAUAAACCGCACAAAGAGUACGGAUUAGAAUCACCCAAUUAUUUACCGACAACUGAUAAACCUGAUUUCCAUCCACCCAAACCAAACUUCCAAAGUUUACUACCACCUAAGUUAGGACCCAACAUUAUUACUGAAAAUACUUUUUACUCCAUAAGCGACGACGUCGUCGAGCACAAGAGGAUUGAACCACCAGGAUACGAUUUCUUAAAAGACGAGUGUUCUUUACGUACUGCCACCGGUUUCAAACUGCACAAAACCAGCGUCAGGAAGCUUUACCAGGUCCCGGAUAUCUACGAAUGCGAGAUGCUCUGCUUCACAGAAACCGACUUCAACUGCCUCUCUUACGCAUUUCGUUAUACCUCAAAUGCUAAAGCUCAAAAUUGUUACUUAAGUCACAAAAGCUACAAAGCUUUAGACUUCUACACCGAUUUAGAACCAAAUAGAGAUUUCGAUGUUUACACGAUGAAUAAUUUGAAAAAAUGCACUGCAAAACCCAGAAAAAACGAUUUAUCAGAUUGUUUCUGGCACGUGAGGAGCGGUCUGAGAUUAGAUCAAUCCAUUGUAAGAGACACAAUCAAUGUGAAAUCUGUAGCGGAUUGCGAACUGGAAUGCAUUAGAUCUUCUAAAUUCCUCUGCAGAUCGUUCAGCUUCAGAUAUGGUUCUCCGGUUAUCGGAGGUAUAAUUGAUAACUGCCAGUUAACAGAUUGGCCUUUCAUGGAAUUGGAUCUUCAAAGCCAAUUGAAUCCUGAGCAAGGUUUCGAUAUUUAUGAACGCGGUAGCUUUGGAUACGGCUGCGAACCCAAUCACUUUUCUAUUCGCGGUAAAGAGGAACCUGCAGUUGGAUCGAAAACAGAUCAAUUAUGCUAUGUUGGUUACGGCAGACCGGCAAAAUUGUUACCUCAGGCAAUCCGCAAAUCGAUAUUUGUUAAUUCCGAAUUGGAUUGCAAACUUGAAUGCACUAAAUCACGGGAGCACACUUUGCUACAUUGCAUGUCUUUCAGCUUCAGAAAUAACCCGAGGAGAGGUGAAAGUAAUUGCGAUUUAUCUGAUAUACAUCAAAGAGAUUUGGUAGGAAAAGUUGAUUUCAUUUAUGAUGACGAUUCUUGGUUAUUUGCUUGGGAUAGUAACAAUCCGGAAUGCGUACCAAUUUAUAAAGUCGCUCCAAAUCAUGGUAGAGAAAAUACCAUGGAUAUUUGGAGAUACAAUGCUUUGGAUACUUGGAGAGUGUAUAGCGUCAGUGGUUUUCCUUGUAAACGAGGCACUUCUUGUAAGGAAAAUAGAGAAGCUGGUUUUUGGUUUUGCGAACUGGAAGGAGGUGACGAAGAUAUCUGGGAUUACUGCUGUAGACCAUCUCACCAAUGUGGCUAUUCAGAAGGAUUUGCCUAUCAAUGGUGUUACGUUGGGCCAGAUAGAACUCAGUGGAGACAAUGCAGCGAACGAUAUUAUCCAUACCUCCUUAACAAUAACAUAGAUCAUAAAUUUACUCCUAAACCCUACGUACCAGAUAUCAAUUUCCGACCAGAUCCAAUUCCAUUCGAAAGACCUCAUUUCAGGCCCAACAGACCUCUGGCUCCCCCGGCACCUCCACCACGAAGACCGAGCCUCAACGAAUACGAGCAGAAAUUCAAUAUGCAAUUUUUGGAUCCUCCGAAACCUGGCGGAUUUGGAGAACCUCGUCGUUGGCCAGUAUCUUAUCUUCACAAAGAGAUGCCUCAAGGUGAAACAAAUUCGACGGAAUUGAAGUUUGACAGGAUGCGUAGCAGACAAAACAUUGCCAUACACAAUCUCAUAAACAUAAUUAAAUCUAAAGACAUAAAUAACAUAGAAUACCAGAUAACGAAUAAAACCAGCAAGAUGAACGAUAUCUUGUUAGUUAAGAUACCACUGCCUACGAAUUUCACCGAAUCUUCAAGCUCAAAACCGGAGAAAAUGAAGAAAGAGGAAAAAGUCAGUUUAAGUGAGCCCAUAGAUUUGAAGGAAGAAGCUAAGAAUACGACGGGUAUUAAAAUCAACACUUCGGGAAACAAGAGACAAGGUAGAGAAUAUUCGUAUGAAGAUAAUUUUGAGUACAGACCACUGACAUUUCGACGAGGUUUUGUCACGAGGGCAAAUAUUUCAGAUUACGGGCACCGGUUUUAAUGGAAUCGAAGUACAAUUAAAUUUACAAGUUUAAAAAUGUAUAU